AUGGCGGGAGACCCAACAGAAGAGGAGCGCCCCCCGCAAUUGACUGCGGAGCAAGCCCAGGAGCUCGUGCAGUUCGACCUAUCCAUGAGGAUGGUGCCCUUCCUGGACAGACAUUUGAUCUUCCCGGUCUUCAACUUUCUACAGGAGACUGGUCUCUACAAUGCCACAGCCAUCCACCGAGCGCAGCUAACACUCCUGGCAGAGACGAACAUGAUCGACUGGGCGCUGGAGACAUACUCUCUGAUCAAUGAGGAGCAGCCUCAAGAGCUGAUGGACAGGCGAGACAUGGUUCUGCAGCAGCUCGAAGAUUCUCGGGAGAAGGUGCUGCCCCUCCUGCAGAUUCUCGAGGAAGAAGAGAAAGUGCAGCGUGUAGCCGCCUGCAAAAGCAUCGACGAGCUUUGCCAGACCUUUGAGCUGGAUCCCACGGUCAUUGAUGGACUAGUGCACUAUGCAAAGCUGCAGUAUGACUGCGGCAACUACACUCUCAGUGGCGAGUUGCUGAAGCACUACAGGAGCAUGAUCUCCCAGGAUACAGAGCGCCCGGUGAUGACAUCCAAGCAGGUGAGCUGCAUUUGGGGUUCCCUGGCAUCCUUCAUUCUGAAUAGAGAGUUCGAGGAGGCCACAGAUGGAGCAGAGCGAGCAGCCGAUGUGAUCUUCAAGAUCAAUGAUUUCCUAGACACCACGAAAAUGUCCAAGAAGGAAGUCUUGCUUCAGCGCACAUGGCUGCUGCACUGGUCCCUCUUCCCAAUUUUCACAGCAGAGAAAGUGGAAGUAAAGCUGCUGGAUUUCUUCUUGAACGAGAAGAGCUUGUCUUGCAUCUCCCUCUCAUGCCCCCACCUGUUCCGGUACGUGGCCUCUUGCCUGAUCCUGCAGAAGCGUUUGAAACACUUGAUGAAGGACACCGUUUGGAUCAUCCAGCACGAGUCUACUGUGUACAGUGACCCUGUGACCCGAUUUCUUUUAGCGCUCUAUGUGGACAUGGAUUUUGAUGAGGCACAGCUUGAGCUUCAAAAAUGUGAGAAGGUGUGCAAAGUGGACUACUUCCUGAGCCGCCACUGGGCUGAGUUCCAAGAAAAUGCACGUUUGCUGAUUUUCGAGACGUACUGCAGGAUUCACCAGUGCAUCAACAUUGGCAUGAUCGCUCACAAGCUGAACAUGGAAGCAGAGGAAGCAGAAGUUUGGAUUGUGAAAUUAAUUCAAAAUGCCAAGCUAGAUGCUCGAAUCGACUCAGAGAAGAGCCGCGUGGUGAUGUCAAAAGCACCACCCAGCGUCUACCAGCAGGUCAUUGAGAAGACCAAGAAUUUGUCCUUUAGAAGUACCAUAACUGUCUCACAGCUGAAGGCUGCUUUCCAACCUGGAGAAGCGCGAGAAGGAGAUGCGCAGCAACACCUCCUGAGUGGUGGCAGAUGCAAAUUCGUCUUAGGGCCUGCUGAAUCUGCUGAGCGGCAGAAGAGGACCCUCUCUAAAGUCCUAAGCCCUCGACCCGAGGCAUCGGUUUGGGCU